CUGGAGGAAAAGGUGCGUAUGCUUCUUGACCUCUGCUGACACAUUUCUUUUUUUUUUUCAUUGACUGGAUGUUUUGGAUGUGCAAAUAAAUAAAUGAAAUAAAAUAAAUACUAACAAAAAUUAAAAAAAAAAAAAAAAAAAAAAGGUUGAGAUGGGGCAGCUUUAACUCAUCAGCGUGCGUGCGUGCAUGACGCAGUGACGUCGCCGUCCCAGAAUGCAGUCUGGUAAACAGACAUGGAAGCACCAGGUGAAGACCUCCACAGAGGCUGAAGCUCUGCUGCAUCGCUCUUCUCCACCGUCUUCUGUCUGCUUCACCCAGCGCAUCCAGCUGAUAUACAUCCACCCGGUGGCACGGUGACGCCUACAGCAUCCAGAGCCUCGACUUCCUCUCCAGUGUGUGUGGCGGCCAACGAUCACCCAAACUGAUGAGGAUCGGCUGAUUGACUUAAAAAUAAGUUCCUUUUUUUCUUAUUUUGCCAAGCGGAAAGAAUGUCGGAAAGGGCCGAGGAUGACGUCAGGGGGGAGCAGCGCCGAGCGGCCAGGCAGCAGCAGCAGCUGAAGCAGCAGCAGCAGAUCCAGCGGGGAGAAGGCUCCACAGCAAUGGCGACUGUUGCGGAGCGGAGAUCCUUGCCUAGUCCAGAAAUCAUGCUGGGACAGCCUUGGAGCAACUGGGUCGACGCCGCCAAACUCCACGGCAACGACGGUGCUGAAUCGGAGGAAAGUUUCAAAGACUUCGGGAAAAAUCGAGAAGCCAUGCGUUUGUGCAGAGAAGACAUGCCCAUAUUUGGCCAGUGUCCCGCACAGGACGACUUCUACCUGGUGAUGUGCAGCCACUGCGGCCAGGUAGUCAAGCCCCAAGCCUUCCAAGCACACUACGAGAGAAGACACAGUUCGGCCAUCAAGCCAGCCUCCACCUCGCCCUUCCCCGUAUCGGGCAGGAACCGGAGCAGCGGCAGCGGACUUGGCCCGGGGCUGGGCUCGGGGUCUGUAGCUGGAGUGGCGAGUGGAGGCAUCCUUAGCCGAACUUCCGCCGCUGCAUCCAGCUUAUCGUCCUCUUCAGCGUCCUCCGCAUCCAAUCCCAAACUCCUCAAACCAGCCAAAGAGAAGCUGCCAGGCAUUCAGCGAAGAACCCCCUUUGCAUCCUUCAGGCCGCCCCAGCUGGACAAGAUCCUCACCCCGGCUGUCAAGGUGGAGAAGAUGCAUCUGAGGGUGGACUCGUCAGCUAAGCUGGUGCAGGCCCCGUCUGCCCCAGCCACCACCCCAUCCUCCUCUACAUCCUCCUCUAGCACCACUGUGAGCUCCAACACUACCACCAUCACCACCUCCUCCUCCUCAUCAUCAGCCCUUAAACCAGGCCUUAACUGUCCCUCCAUACCAAAGCCUCCAUUACUGGCCCCGGGUCAGAUUCCCAACGGCAAGGGCCACGUGUCAGUCCUCUCAGACAAGAAGCAGGACAGCAGCAGCAGUGCCAGUAGCAGACGCCACAUUAACAAGAAAGUGACAGAACGUGAGUUCAAUGCAGAUAUCCAUUGUGGCGUUGUGGAUAUGACAGCUCGGAAACCAUGCACAAGAUCCCUAACAUGCAAGACACAUUCCUUAAGCCAGCGGAGGGCAGUGCCAGGGCGGAGGAAACGCUUUGACACGUUGCUGGCGGAGCACAAGAACAGAACAAGGGAGCGGGAGAAGGAGAAAGAGAAGGAGAAGGAGAAGGAGAGAGACCUCCACCAACCCCAUUCCCAGCAAAACCCCUCUCUCAGGGACCCACACGCCUCCUCCCACCUCGCCGCUGCCCAUGACGCCCACCAGGUCGCUCAUGGCAACGGCCCCGCCCCAGAAGCCACUAAGCCUUUGCCACUCGGCAAGCCUAAAUUUCACAGCCCUGGUCUUCCACGACUAAACAGCAGUCACGGAGGUGGUACCCCCGGAGACCCUGCAGUAGUCCACGAGUCACCACACCAUGCCCAGACUACCCCCGAUGGGCUUUCCCGACCCUCCAGUGACGAGGGCGAGAACGAGGAGCGGGAGGACAGCGCUGACAAACUGGACUGUCACUAUUCAGGUUAUCACCCUCGACCGGCAGCUUACUGUACAUUCGGAAGUCGACUGUUUGGGAGAAGCUGUUACUCUUUUGACCGGCGAUGGGACAGAGUGCGAUGUGCCCUAACCACAAUGAUGGACAAGCAUGUCAACUCUCAGAUGUGGAAGAAAAUCCCCUUGGCCUUGGAGAACUCCUCCUCCGUUGCACCUACGCAUAGGACAAGCACAAAUUCCCACGGUAGCACUCCCUCUUCAGGCUUCCUGGGCCCCCCUGCCACCUUGCCCCAGACUCCUUAUAGCCAAUCCUACGAGGGCAAGUCCGUGCUCUCCUAUGGGACCACCUUAAAUGCCCGCAGCUCCCCACAGGGCGGGGCUGAGCACCCGGCCUACGGCAUUACGCAGGCCCGACAAGUGUCUUCGUCGCCGCAGAUGCCUUCAGCCCACUCGUCCUCAUCCUCUUCUUCUUCAGCUCCUUCCCUAGCCUCAGGCCGGGCGCUUAAGUCCCGUUCAUCCAGCAGCAGCACUACCAAGUCGUCAGCAUCCUUCAGGCCCAAGGAGAUCUCCUCUGGCCUCUCCACACCUGUCAUCCCCAACUCCAUUGGUGGGGGCGGCGGUGGAGCCAACAGUAACAGUAGCAACACUAGCUUCAGCUCGGGGAAGAAGAGGAAGAACAGCUCUAUACUCUCUUCAUCCCAUGGCCCCUCUGAAUCCUCCUCUACUAAUGCCAACUACUCCUCCUCCACUUUCAAGAAGAACUGUGCGAAUGUCGGCAGCUCAGGGAGCACCUACCACCACGGCUCAUUAGGUCCUUCAUCCUCAUCGUCAUUAUCUUCCUCCCACAGCGGAGUCCACAGCGUGGGGCUUAACUGUGGCCCCACCGUGCGGACCAACUCACUCAGCCUCAAAGCCGAGCCUUCUGGAGGUUCGGCGGGCGGCUCUUCGGGGCCGCAAGCACGAGGUCCUCCCUCGGGCAGCCCUGCAGAAUCCAUCAAGCGCAUGAGCGUGGUGAUGAACAGCAGUGACUCCACCCUUUCCCUGGGGCCCUUUGUCCACCACCAGUCCUCAUCCUCAUCUGACCACCACACCAACUUCAGCCACCACUCCUCAGAUGGGCGCCUGGAGGGCAAGAAGCGCAAAAGCUCUCCUGCCUCCAGCGGCAUUAACAGUGGAGGUGGGGGAGGAGUGCUCGGAGGAGGAGGAGGGGUAGGGGGAGGGGGAGGAGGGGUAGGUGGACCUGGACCAGGUAGACCCAAAGUGGCCAAGUCACCUGCCAUUAACAACAUCCAUGGGAAGCAUGGGCGGAGCAUUCCAGGGACACCAGGGCUACCCAACAACUCCCAUUUACAUCAGCCAAAGGCUCGUCCCUGACAGCGGUGUCCGGCUUCUGUGUAUGGAACCGGCAGGCGGACGGGGAAAAGUCCGGAGCAGUCCGCAUACUGCUCUGGGCUGCACGAGGCCUUCUAAAAUCAAACCCACAUUACUCUCAGCUUCCCACAAUCCUCAGGGUGGAGAUGAUCUGGACUGCCCAGUGAAGUCAAUGUGGUCCUUACUAUUUCUCCCAAAGCCAUGUGUGUGUGUGUUUGUGAGUGUGUGAGUGUGUGUGUUGGGGUGGGGGGGGGUGCGAUGGCACUGUAUGUAUAGCGUGGAGUGCCAGGGGUCUAAUGAGCGAGCCAAUGACCCCCCACGCAAGUGUUGUCCCAGUAUUCUGAGAGGUCUUCCUGUCUUGAAGUAGGAGGAACAAUAGCAACAGCCAUGGGUCUCUUGAGCUGCGGUUCAAAGCUCAUCGGGUUCAGGUUAAGGGCUGCCGCAACAAGCCGCCAUGACGCUGAGCGACUGGGGAGACAACAAGCCGAUCUCUUCCGCGUUUGUUAAAAGAAUGAGUGUGCGAAUGUGCGUGCGCGUGUACGAGUAUUUUUCUCAUGUCAGAUUCUGCUGGACUACUGGAAUUUCCAACUUAAUUACACCCCCAGCGCCUGAUCUCAGAAGCCUUGGAAGGAGAGCAGGAGGAGCAGCAAACUGUUACUUGCAACACCUUAAACAACACACAAUCACCUUGUUGUUUCACUUUUCGUUAAGUCUGACUCUCUCUGGCGACACGUUUUGCGUAAACCUCGGAUUACACACAGUAGCCUGAGAAGGAGCCCGUAGGGACGGUCUGGUCAAUUCUUUUAUUACCCAGAAUAAUUAUGCAAGUGUUACCUUUUUAUGAUUUCUUAUGAGCUUUUUACACUGAACUACAAAGAGUCUUUGUAGACGUGGUGAAGACAGUUGUGCUUUCAAAUGUGAAAAGGACGCCUGAUGUGCCCAUUCGAUUGAAUCUUUUGUCAGAGAGAUAACUUGGUCUUGAGGACACCUGUUAAUUUUCUGAAUCUCUUCAUUGUGCAAAACGAUCGCCACAGUAGACCUACCCCCGACUGUGAACAGCACUAAAUAACUACUUUCUCCACAGGCACUGCUUAGUUGUCCACAAAGCUAGCCAAAAGCUGCUAUCAGCUUUGCCAACUACUUUUUUUUUUAAACUAAAAGGUGGGCGGUCUUGCUCAUGAAGCGGUGAUAGUGCAUUGCCUGUGUGGAUAUGAAGAAAAAUCUGUGCAAACCGUAUUGUUAUUGCCACAACUUACCUACUUUUUACCCAUACAGCUCUGUGAAAUCCACAGCUGUUGUGGGCAGAUGUGAAUUGUCAUGUUUAUUUUUUUCCUACAUAGGGAAUCAGGUAUGGUACGUCUUAACUGGAGCAAACUUUAUGCACGUCACCUGUCUUCUGUGGGUUUGAUUGUCCCUCCUGUGUGUGUAAAACCACUACCCAAGCUCUGGGUGUUACAGUUUCAAUGCCUCACCGUAACAUUAUGUUGGUGCGUGUGUUGAGGAAAGAUUUGUCAUAGAAUGGAUAACCAGGCAUUAUACUCUAUUCCUUUGUCAAAAAUGGAGUCUUAAAAAUCAGGCAAUACUUGCCCAUCUCGUCGGGAUGUUUGCGUAUUUUGAGUGGUCUCGAGUGGGUUUUAUGGUGCGAGAUUCAUGGAGAUGGCUUCACGGGACAUAUUUAAACUUUUGGCAACACCUGUUGAUUUAUGGAACCUCCACUGAUGUCAGUGUGGAAAAGUAGAGGAGACAAUUCUUUUAAAAAAAGAUUCUUAAUUUAGCUUUUUUUUUUUUUUUUUUUCUGGUAGCCUAAUGUAUCAAAACAAGUAUUGAAGUAUCCCUAUUUGAGAAUACAUAUUUUGUUAAAUUGUACAUAGUGAAAUGUGUAUUUUUGCACAGGCAUUUUUCGUACACGCUGAAUUUUUGGUACAAUUUGAAAAAAAAGUCAUUAUUUAUUUAGUAAAAAAGAAAAAAAAGAUGACAAGUCAGAGAACUUGAUUAUUUGAAGUGGUUCACUGCCAAGUCUAUAUAAUGCAAUACGCCUAUAUGUAGAAGCUGAAGCAUCUCAUGAAUCGUGUACUGAGAUCCUUUAAGGAACAAAGGUGAAGUGUUGCCACUGUAGCAUGCGUCUGUAUGACAGAGAUUACCUUUAUUCACUUUUCAAGGUCUCAAUCACAUGUGCUUUUACAAGACAUUUUACGUUGCCUAACUAUGAAUCACCACGACGACGACAAAAAAAAAUUACUAUAUGACCCAAUUAGCCUGUGAUUUUGAAACGUCCUGCAGGCUUGAAGCUGUGCCCGUUGUCUAAACAGUUUCCAUGGACUCUUCAGUCAUACACUUUGUAGACCUUAAACCACAUUUCACAAUUGAAAAACACUUCUUUUAUAAAAGGCUGAAGGGACUUAAAGCAAUCAUUGCAAGGAAGAUGAACACUUCAAACAGUCCAACUGCUUGCAUCAUCGUUGCCAAACAAGUAAUUUGAAUCACCGCUUUUAAAUAAAUAAGUUUGCAGCUUUUAAAAGAAAUAUCAAAUUAAGAAAGUGCCUGAAUUUGUUUCACCCUGACUGUUUGAGGACAGUAUUCUUUGGGUUGUUUUACCUUACUUGAAUGUUCGAAGUGUUUAGGCGUUUGCUUUUAAAUCUGCCUAUGAACCCUAAAUAUGGUAAAACCUGAGCUUGUCAGCGGCCCAGUCUGAAACACUUUAGUGUUGUGUUGUUGCUUUUUUUUUGGGAGGGAGGAAAGGGAGGGGUAUCCAAGUUUUCCAGACAAAACGUGGAGAUUUUGUUAGCCUCAGUGUGGCUUACGCACCCUCUGGUUUACUAGGAUUUUUACGUAGAACCCUUCAAUCAAGUGUUUUGUUUACCCUCAAACUCCACUGACAUCUUGGCAUUGUUUCCAAUAGAUGGAAACAUUGUGAGGAUGUUUUUUUACUAGCACCAUAGACUUGGAAUGUGAAAGUGAAAGAGAAUACAGCUCGUGUUUGGGAGGAGAAAAUAAAUCCACCAUUCAUACUAUGUAAAAGCGUGUAUAGAUUUUUUUUUUUUUUGUAUACAUUAUCAAAAUCAUUUUCAGCUGGACUUAUGUAUUGGCUGCUAUGUAAUUCAUGAACAAAACAUAGGUUAGAAUUAAUAUUUAAAGAAAAAAGAUUGUAUAGUAUAUUUGUUUUGUAACAGGUUUCUGUAAAUAAAAUAAUUUAUACUGCUAUUUAUAUGAAAUGAUGUC